UGUCAGGUGACUUUUGGCCAACUCUGUAUAUAUAUCAUUUUUUUUCUUUUUGUUUCUAAUAUGUAUAUUUUAUUAUUUCAGGCUCUAAUUGAUGAAGAUCGAUUAUUAUCGCGAUUAGAGGUUUUGGAAAGUCAGUUAGUUAUUUAUUCAAAGAACCAUGGUGAAGACACCUUACGUCAAGAACUAGUUGCUUUACAAGAUGAUAAACAUCAUUAUGAGAUCACAGCAAAGGAGUCUUUACGGCGAGUUUUACAAGAAAAGCUAGAGGCAGUUAGAAAAAUAACUGAUCUUGAGCAAUCUCUAGGUAAUGCUGAAAACAACUGCUGUUAUUUGAAAGAAAUAACUGAAAGAACUCAAAAUGACCUCAAACAACUUGCAGCAGACCAUCAAGAGCAGCGCAAAGAAGUGGAACAGCUUGAGAAAAAACUGGAAGAAGCGAAGAAAAAGCAUCAAGAGGAAUUGGAAAAGGUUGAGAAUGAAAAGCAAGAGUUGAUAGAUAAAUUAGAAGAAGUGACAAAACAAGAGAAAAUACUUUGUGCUAAGGUUGAAUCAUUACAAGCUGACAAUGAUAUUACCAAUGAGCAAUUAGCUGUUAUGAAAACAAAAUGGGAAAAUAUCAAAGAAGGUGAUGUAGAUAAAAUAAUUUCAAAUGAUGAUGAUUCAACAAAUAUCAUAGACAAAAAUAAAUUAGGUGAACAAAAUGUUGAAAUUAUUCCAAUCAGUAAAAUGGAUCAAGAAUCUGAAGACUUACAAGAAAAAUUACAAGAAAAACAACAACUAAUUGUUAAUUAUAAAGCCAAAAUUGAAGAGCUUGAAUCUCAAGUGAAAAGUAGCCAACAGGAAGUAGAUAAAAUUCAAUCUGAACUAGACCAAGCUACCAGGGAUUCUAACAAAUACAUAUUAGAAAUUGCUGCCUUAGAAAAAAAAUUACUACAAUCUGAUUUAUAUAUAAACGAAAUGAUGGAUUCUACGAUGGAUAAUUUAAAACUGCAGUUGAAAGAAGCUCACCGGCAGACUGAGUGCAGCAGUGAUUUGAACACACAUUUAGAAGCUGAAAUUGAAGAAUUAGAAUCUGAAUGGACUUUACAACAGUCUGAGAAAAUUGACCAUGAUGAUGAGAAAUAUGAACCAGUUGACAGUUUAACUCUUACUUCUCCUUAUCAAAUUUCCAAUCAUCUUGAUUCUGAAAGGCCUCAUCUAAUUGAUGUCGAAAAAUUAAAAGCUCUUGAACAGAAAAGGAUUAUCGAAGCAACAAGAGAUGUCAAACAACAAAUACUUGAUUUACGAGAGUGUCUGCUUCAAGACGGAGACCAGUAUCAGUUAAUGCAGGAUGAAGUAUUUAAUUUGAAAAAUCAAUUAGAAGUUGAGAAGUCUAAGCACAAAGAAACAUUUGACGAACUAAUUGAAAAGAAACGAUUGCUGCAGGAGGCGCUCCAAAGUGCUAAACAGAGCCGUAAUGAAGCAGAACAAUUGAAGAACAAAGUGAAGACAUUACAAGAUGAAAUAGACUCUGAUAAAAACACUCGUCAACGAGAUUCUCCUCAUGUUAAGAGCUCACAUGAAUCUACGCACAGACCCACAGCUAAAAACAAAAGUGAAUUGAACUCCCUAAAAGAGGAAUGUACAAACCUUAGAAAGCGAAUACAUGCUAUUGAAACAGAGAUGAAGUUAUCAAGGAAAGAAAAUUUACAACUGUCAUCUGAUUACAACAAACUGCAAGAUUCCCACCGAGAACUUGAAGCUUUGAAGGUCAAACUGGAACACAAAGCAAUUCUUUGGAAAUCUAAUAUGACAGAUGCCCAAAAAGAGGCUGAACAAGCUAAACAGGAGACGGGGCAAACCAAAGAUUUAGUGAGUGACCUUACUAUGAAGUGCGAUAAGUACACCGAUGAAGUUCGCAGUCUUCGUGAAGAACUAAGCAGUAUGCUGGAAGACUACCAAUAUCUCAGGGACAAAAGUAAAUUGCUGUCAUUCAUCUCCAGCAUUCCUCUGUUGAUUCUGCUAUUUGCGAUCUUGUUAGCCUUUUACCCCACAUUAGAAGAAAUCACAGCAACCUCAUCUGAACUAAAUUGGCUCGACCCAGACACAGCAGCCUGAUAAUCUCAAUUCUGCAGGGAGAGAUUUAAGAUUUAAAUGAAUCAAAACAUCUAGAAAACACUUGACUAGAUUUUUGUUCCUCCCCGGUGGCCAUUGGAAUGACUGAAAGAAAGAAAGAAAGAAAAACAAGCAAACAAACAAAUCAACAAAUAAAUAAAUAAACCAACCAACCAACCAAGGACAAUUGGAUGUUAUAGUUCACUGGUUUUAUUUUAUUUCAAACUACUAGUAACUACUGUAUGUACCAAGAUGACUUGUAAAUUAUUACUUCAUUGAGAAUGGCCUUAACACAGCUAGGAAGAGCUUUGACAAGUUCUCUCUCUUUCUCUCACUUCUUCUCUCUCUCUCUCUCUCUCUCUCUCUCUCUCUCUCUCAUAUAUACAUAAACGUCAAAUAAACCAGAACUAUUUCAACUGUAAUAAAACCGAGUAUCUUCUAAAAUAACAUCCUGUAUGUCUGUGUAUUUGAUAUCUGUGCAAAUGUGCAGUCUACUCAGUGAACUGUUUGUGAUUCUCACUCCCUCACUCUCACUCAUUCUCUUUCAGUUUCUCUCUCAUUCACUUACCCACCCAUUCUUUCACUCACUCUCAAGGUGACCUCGUAUAUUUAACCUUUGUCUCUUUAGCUAUUGAACUUUAAAGCUUAUCUUUUUGUUGAUGCAUUUAUGCCCUGUAUCUGUCCAUAUAUACAUAUCUGUAUCUCUCUCUCACUAAUAUAUAUAUAUAUAUAUUUUUUUGUGAGUCAUGGGCAUUUAUGCAGUAAAGCAUAUAAUUGAAUUACAUUUCCUAUGUGAGGACACAUUAGCCAUAAUAAUAUAUAUUCAAAAGGAAGGACAGCAACUAUAUUUCCAUCUGUUCUGUCAUUUCGUGAGUGCAAAAAUAAAGAAUUGCUUACUCUACCAAUGAACAAUUUCACACACACACAUAUGAAUAUCUUGGGUGUAAGUUGUAAUAUCCUUGAAUGCCCAGCUCAGCUAAUUUCCAGCUUCUUUAGGGCACAGAAGGUGGAACAAUCUGUUUCUUGGAAGAAUCUACUUCAUGCUUAUUUUAUUUUUGGCUCAGUCCCUUUACCAAUUCUCUGCAAAAGGUAUAAAUAAACUACAAUAUACUUUUUUUAGGGUACCUGUACCAGCAUCUCUAGAUAUGUGCAUAGAAUUUCUGAGAAAUUACAGUUGUAUAAGCAACUUAUCCCAGACACUUAUAGACAUUAUCUUUUAAACUGUUAGGUGAUCUCAAGCCCACAUAUGCACACAUGCAUAUGCACACAUGCACAUGCAUGCAUGCAUAUGCUUAUUCUCUCUUUCUCAUCAUUACUAAACUGCUGGAUCAACUGAGAAAUCAGACCAGCUACCUUUCUCUCUUUGAAGGAACUGAUCUAUUCAAAGAAUGAUAGUUAUAUAGAGAGCUUUUUUGUUAUCUUCCAGCCACAAACCCCCCCCCCCCUAAAUAGAAGAAAUGUUGUCUGUCCUCCUUGGUUGAAAUAUUUUAUAUGACUUGCUAAAACAGGGACCAUUUAUUGCAUUACAUAAAUUCAGAUUCCUUUUGUUUUCACCUGAGCAUCUCCAGUCUCGUUUACUCCUGCUAGGAUUCUUCGAUCCCCUAUGUCUGUGACAUUGUCAUCUACUCUACCUGUUUCUAUCAGGUGCUAACGAUUGCUGUUUAUCAUGCUAAUAUAUUUGCCUAUAGUUGAGAUGAUAUUACUAAGUCUCCAUUUUCUUUUCUUUCUCUCUCUCUCCUCUUCUCUCUCUUGUAUACAUAUAUCUACAAAUACAUUUUCUUUGGACACAUAUACAUGUAUACUUACAUGCAUACAUGCGUGUGUGUAUGUAUAUAUAUAUAUAUAUAUAUAUAUAUAUAUACAUAUAUACAUAUAUACAUAUAUUUAUUA